CUAAAAGUUUUAAUUUCCUUAAGAAUUCGGAAAGUUGAGAUUGUUUUCCCCGAUCAAAGUGGCCGGAGACCUUGGUGGGGGGAGGAGGGAGAGACCAGCAACAGGUCGGGAGAUGAAAUCGAUACGGAGGCUGGCUGGAUCAUGCGCCCUGCGAGCCCCCGACACCAUGCGCCUCGUACUGCUCGCGCUAACGUUUAUCAGGCCAGGGGUGUGCGACCUGCUGCGCGACAGCGUGCACGUGACGUCGGCGGCGGCGCGGCCCAACAACGAGCUGUGGUGCUACAAAUGUCUGGCAGAGUACCCAGAGGACAUGUGCGCGGACAUCCGCCACAACAACUCCGCGCUCAUACACAAGUGCAACAACGAGAGGAGGUUUUGCAUGGUCAAACGGUUCUCCUACACAACAUCCAAUGAGAAUUCGACGACUGCGCUGAAGAUGUGGGCACUGGAGCGGAACUGUACCAAGAACUGCGACCCGGGCUGCAUCGUCAUCGGCGAGCGGACCAAGCUCUACGCGUGCACCUCAUGCUGCACCACAUCCCUGUGUAACUACGACUCCGGCUCUCAGAAACUACUCUACAGCGUCGCCGUGAACAUUAUUAUCCUAAUCAUAUCAGUAACUUUAUGAUCCAGCGGGUUCUAAGCUCGGUCUUUCAAACUAGCACAAUUACUUAAUAUAAGAACACCGAGCCUAGACUGUAAACUAAGUUAAUGCAGUUCGACCAAGUUUCUUUACUUGCUGCGUAAUAAAGACUACCUACUCUCUUUGCCGAUAGCUUCUAGUAGGUACCUUUAAAUGGAAAAAGGAUACGAGUAUCCCAUAUC